UUUUCCAGCCACAGGUCUGACUCGGCAGCGUCGGCGAGUUGUUGCCCACCCACGCAGGUCUUGUCGCACUUCAUGUAGAGGGCGAGAGCGAGAGACGCAGAAGAAGGGACAAGGGAGGAGGACAGCGAUGAGUGAGGAAGAUAGGAGCCCGUGAGAUAUCAUGAAAUUGCGUACUGCGCUGGUGUCUCCUUGCUCCCUUUCGCGUCUCCAUAUCGUCGGCAUGGUCAGUAGCAAGAAGUCUCAAUCCAAAAGCAGCAGCAGCAACAACAACAACCACGACCGCAGGAGUCCUGAUCAAGCUCCACCAAGGAUCACAUCCAAUGUCAAGCAAAACUUACAAUUUUUAAAGAUAUGGAAGGAUAUUCAAAGACAGGGAUCAACUACCCCAAGGCCUGCCACAAGCUAUCGAAAAAAGAAGGUAGUUAAAGAAGAAAUUCCAAGAGACACAGAGCUCUAUAAAGAUCCAACUAUGAACCUUUAUUAUACAAACCAGGGGUUGGAAACUGCUGUUCCAGUACUUCUUGUGGAUGGAUACAAUGUAUGUGGGUAUUGGGCAAAAUUGAAGAAGCAUUUUAUCAAGGGAAAACUUGAUAUUGCUCGCCAAAAGCUGAUUGAUGAGUUGAUAACUUUUAGUGCAAUUAAAGAAGUAAAAGUGGUUGUGGUGUUUGAUGCUAUGAUGUCUGGACUUCCAACUCAUAAGGAAAACUUUGGAGGGAUUGAUGUAAUAUUCUCAUGUGACAUGUGUGCUGAUUAUUGGAUUGAAAAGGAGGUAGUUGCUUUGAAGGUUGAUGGGUGUCCACGAGUCUGGGUCGUGACAUCUGAUGUGUGUCACCAACAAGCAGCUCAUGCAGCAGGUGCUUUUGUUUGGAGCUGCAAAGCAUUGGUGUCUGAGAUCAAGGCUUCACAGAAGGAGUUUGAGCAAAUGCUAAAUGAACAUAGAUCAACUUCCAUGCAAGGAAAAUUGCUUCAGCACAAUUUAGAACCAGAAAUAGUUCAUGCUCUGAAAGAUCUAAAAAGAAAGCUUUUAGAGAAAGAGUCGAUUUGACCAUCUCUUUCUGUCUGGUUCAAUCAAUGGAGUUGUAGACUCAAUUUGGCACAGAAUUUAGAACCAGAAACUAGAAAUUCUUCUCAUGAACUUGGUGUAUCACGCUUCAAUAGCCAUCAGGGAAGAAGAUAAGAAUUAACUUCUUCAUAUCUUUGUUUUGUUAACUUAAUUUCUCCUUCCUGUCAUCAUAAAAAUCUUUCAUGAAUUUGCCACAAACACACUGUUGUAUUAUAUGCUAAAGACAAACGGAAGAUCAUAGCCAUCUACCACUAGUUUGUUACAUUGGGUGGAGUACAUGUAUUAAUUAAAUUUAACAAUUUUCUUCCUUAAAAAGAGGUUGGAGUAUUAAUCUACAAAGUUUAGCAUUUUUCCAUUAAAAAAGCUAACCAGGUAUCCAUGAAGUAGUGACAAAUGCAAGCUGGUGGAGACACGAUCAGAGCAAUAUAUAAUAGAAUUCAUCUUCAAUUGGGAGCUUCAAGGUUUAUUCCAAAUGCUUUUGUUCUGUUCAUCUUUACAUGAAUGUAGGCCGAAGCAUUGCUUUUCACCAGUUACAAAUUAGGUAAUCUUGCUUUUGCCAUGGUAUCCAACUCAAUCUUAAUAGUUCUCAGAGUUUUUUCUAGUUUGUGUCGAGAUUAUGUAUUCUUUGAUGCUUCCCGGCAAUAUGGCACAGGCUA